ACAUUGAGAAAAAAAAAAAAAACCGAAGCCAGAGGGGUAAAAUAAUAACUUUAAAUCAAACCCAAGAAGUCAACAGCAACCGAACCAGCAGACAGGCGUUUUACAGUUUGUAGCAAGUAGCAGCAACGCUCUCCGUUGAUCGCUGCUUCCAAAUACAAUUUCAAAAAUAUUCAUAUUCUUCUCCUUCACGUUUUAGAUUUCACAAUCUUGGUUUAUACUCAAGAAUCGCAGUUUUCUUAAUAACUCAUGAUUAUGUUAACACGAUUAAUCGCUCACUCGCUAUGGCUCUCCCUCUCGGCAAGUUGACCGUCCUCGUCGGUGCAGGUAUACUUGGCUCUGUUCUUGCAAAGGAAGGACGCUUGCCAAGUGUUUCUGACUUUGUUUCAGGUGCAUUCAAGAUUGCUUUUAAGCAAAUCAAGCCACAGGAUUCUAAUUCAUCAUCAAAAAGCAAACCAAUUGAUGCAUCUUUGAUAGCUCAGGUUAACAGUCUUCAGCAGGAGCUGCAAUUGUUAGCAUCAAACAGACCAAUAACAAUUGUAACUGCAAGUGGGACAGGUGCAGGAAAAUAUGGCACAAUUGUUCUAAUCGUUGUAGUUGGAUAUGGCUAUGUCUGGUGGAAGGGCUGGAAACUCCCUGACAUGAUGUUUGCUACAAGACGUAGUUUAUCUGAUGCUUGCACUUCCAUAGCCCAACAGCUUGAGAAUGUUUAUGGAUCGAUCAGGAGUACUAGGAGGGAAUUGUCUUCAAAUAUUGAACACAUGGAUGCUACUUUGGAUCAGGUUGCUGCUCUCACUGCUAAUACACGAGAAAAGGUUGCUGAACUUUUAGAAGAUUCAGCGAGGUAUGAUAAUGAUGUUCGAAAUGUCCAUCAAACUGUUCAGAUGCUGGGACAAAAAAUCAGUAGGAUAGAAGAGAAGCAGAGUUUCACAAUGCAUGGAGUGAAGAAGCUGGUUGACUUUACCUACAAUUUGGAAAAUAACUUGCUUCAAGAGAAUACUCAGGCUGCAUCAUCCAGUUCGCGAAUUACAUUCCCCUUAAAGAAUGCCAUACAUCCUCCAUCAAGUGAACCAAUUUCUCCUUCGGCUUCCAGUGGAUCUGUUGAGGUUCAAUUGCCCCUCCACAAUGCUCCCUCAGCCAUAACCCAUCAGAGGAGUAAUGUGAUUUCAGGACCAGUUGAAGUUUCAAACAUUUGUGGGAUUUCUACCGGUAUCCUUACUCCAGAAGAAACAAACAGUAGCUCUUCAAGUUGGUUCAGACCAACAUUUCUUACGAGAACUCGCAGUGCAACAAAUGCUGUUCUACAUCGGACAACUUCCAGCAGACUACAAUCUUGAUGAGAAAUUUUUUUUUUUUUGAACAUUUAAAACUUUAUGCAGUAAUUAGUAGUUAUUUUGGCAGAUCUUUCAAGGCAUGUUACUGGUCUUUGUCUCUUUUAGGAUCCUUUUGGAUCGAGAUUAGAAGGAAUUGGGUUAACAGUUAUAAGAGUAAAAGCAAAGGGUAAAUCAUGUCUGAUAUACAUUAUGCGAUUUUAGAGUAAUGAAAUAUCCUACUGUUACUAA